AUGGAUUUAAAGUUGCAGGAAUAUGGCCAUUUAAUGAUAAUAUUUUUGGCGAAUGAUAGGCCUUAUGUAGAUGCUAACACCGUUACGCACACCAGAUUUGAUGUGGCUGAAAUACAACCAAAUAUUGCUCUACCUGGACCAUCACAAUAUGCAAAUAUUGAACAACAAUAUGACAAUAACCAAGUAGCAAUAGAAUCUCCAGCACCAUCUACAUCCACUGGUACUAUAGACACAGACAAAAAUAUCCUUAUGUCACCUGAAGCCAUUCGUCCUUUUCCAAAGGCCCCACCACGUAAGAAUAAUACUACUAGAAAUAGAAAAGGUAAGACAAGAGUCUUAACCGAUACUCCUGAAAAAGAGGAAUUGGAGCUUUUAGCUGCUAAAAAAAGAAAAAAAGAAGUAAAUAAAAAAAAAACAAAUCUGUCAAGAAGCGUGUUUUUAAGAAAAAAGUUGAGAGAGAAAGUAGUAGUUCUGAGGAUGAAACUGAUGUUAUCUUAG